GAAAUCGCCACCCUCAACUUUACUUUUCUUUCUUUCCCUCUGCGCUAAAGCUAAUUGACAAUGGGAAGAUUUGCAGCUUGUAUCCUUGUUCUUUACGCCUUUACUGGCUUCACGGGAACGUCCGACGGGAGAAGCUGCCCAAGGCCCGCCGACCCCUGCUCAGCAGCGAACUACAUCCCGAUUAAAGACCCGCAUAGAAGCACAAAAUACAGAUACAAAAGACCGCAGCCCGCCUUGUGCGACUACCUCCUUCAGCCCGGAUGGUAUCGGUUCACUAGCAGUGUCGGCGGCGAGAUCCCGACCACUAAACCCGAGCCGAACAUGUGUGGAACCUUAGCGCCGAUAUGGAUGAGGGGGACCCACCCAGACACGAUUGGGGUAACCAAGGAAACUACCGCGUGCGUUAACGUCAAUAACAGGAACAACGGUUGCUUCCGUUCUAUUGACAUGUGCGUGGAGAUGUGCAGCGGAGGGUACUAUGUCUACUAUCUUCGACCUCCUUAUGGGUGCUCAAUGGCGUACUGCGCAGGCGAUGGAAUACCCUGCGACGAAGGCUUCAGUGGACCAAAUUGCACAGCUGACGUGAAAGCCGUUUUCCCGAGUUCUCUGGUCCCCAAGCCAAAGGUGGAGCCCUUGACUACCGGCGACAGGGACCUAUUCAUGGUGUGCAACUUCACCUUUCCUCUGUGGAGUAACGUCUCCUUCAACAUCGAGUGGUACGAUGGUCCAAUACUGAGUAGUAAUAUGACGUCUUGCAGGAACAAAGGAGAAAAUUGUGUUUAUGACCCCCUGCAAAGUCGGAUCAGGCCUAAACUAGGGAGCACGGUAAGUAGUGCCUCCAUAGCCAUUGACGUGUGGAAAAUUGGAAGAUCAGAGGGAAGGAAUGGCGGGGCUUUGGAAGAUCAGAGGGAAGGACUGGGCUUUGGAAGAUCAGAGGGAAGGAAUGGCGGGGCUUUGGAAGAUCAGAGGGAAGGAAUGGCAGGGCUUUGUAAGUAGUGCAACCAUAGCCAUUGACGUGUAAAAAAUUGGAAGAUUAGAAUGAAGGAAUGACGGGGCUUUGAAAGAAUAGGGUAGGCUGGUGGGUUAAGGUCA